UAACCUAUCAGUUUGGGUUCGGAGGGGAGGGGGAGGUGGGGGGGCAGCAGGAAAACUCCCCCUCUCUCUUCUCAAGCCUCCAGCUCGCUCCUCGUGCAUCAUUCUGAGGUCAUCUCUUCUCCUGGUCGGAGCUCACGGGUUUCCGUCGCGUGCGCCCUCCGAGCCUCUUACCGGGGUCAACGGUCAGAACCGGAGGAGGUCACGUGUGCUCUGAUAGUCCGCUGUUUAUUCUUCUUCUUAUGUAUUAACGCAUUUCCGCGUGAUGACGCAUCGGACCCGCGUCUUCCUGCUGCUGCUGCUGCUGCUGCUGCUCGGCGGGGGGUCCGCGGCGCGCCGCGUGCGGAAGAAGGCGCCCCGCGGCCGCGCCUGCCUGGACCUGCCGGAGGAGAUCCUGGAGCAGAUGUUCGGGCGGCUCUCGGUGGGAGUGAUGAGCGCGUUCCAUCACGCGCUGCAGCUGGAGCCGCAGGACAAACUCAACCUGACGUGCCCGAGCCGCGCGCGCUCCCCGGCCGACGGCGACAGCCGCCUCCCGGUCAACCUGCUCAGCGUGUCGCCGUGGGCCUACAGGAUAUCUUAAGACGCGGCCCGGUACCCGCGCUUAUCCCCGGAGGCGUACUGCCUGUGCAGGGGCUGCCUACUCGGCCCGCUGGGGGGGGAGAGCGACCUCUACCGCAGCACGCCGGUUUACGCGCCCUCCGUCCUGCUGCGGAGAGCGGGCUCUUGCGCCGGCGGCCGCCACGCGUACACCGAGCUCUACGUCUCCAUCGCCGUGGGCUGCACCUGCGUGCCGCGGCUGGAGAAGGAGCGGGGCGCACCGGGGGGGGGCGCGCGGGCCAACGCGGGACGACUCGUCCCUGCAGGCAAGAGGACGUGAGGGAAGCUGGACCGAGAGCCGCUUUCGUACCUGGUCGACCUCUGUACCGACUUGAUGUCUGGGGCAAAGAUACAAGAAUUGUUUGGACUGGUUUCUUAAAAACUAUAAAGACACAUUUGACAUCAAAUGUUACUGAUAAUAUACAAUAAUAAACAAGCUUAUGUUCACA